UUAUCAUCAAUUGCCAUGGCUUCUGUGUUCUGUAGGUUUCACUCAAUUUCUAGUCGAUUAAUUAAAAAGGGAGAUGGACGUUUUAAAAAGUAUUUAACUCCAAAUUGUAUAUCGGUUUUACCAUAUAGAAAUGUAUCAAAAGUGCCAGUUGGAUUUAUUGGACUUGGACAAAUGGGGAGUCACAUGGCUCGGAAUCUCAUCGAAAAGGGCCAUUCUUUAGUAGUGUAUGAUGUUUAUCCUGAGGCAAUGACGAAAUUAGCGGAUCAUGGUGCUAUUAUUGCCCAACACCCAGCAGAAGUAUCAGAAAAAUGUGAUAGAAUAAUAUCUAUGUUACCAUCUAGUCCACACGUACAAGAAGUUUAUACAGGAGAAAAUGGAAUUUUGCAACAGGUCAAGCCUGGAACAUUGCUUGUAGACAGUAGUACAAUUGACCCUGCUGUAUCUCAAGAAAUUGGAACUUUAGUAGAAAAUAAAAGUGCUGUGUUUUUAGAUGCUCCAGUAUCAGGAGGAGUAAUUGCAGCUAAAGAUGGUACAUUAACAUUUAUGGUAGGAGGUAAAAAAACUGAAUAUCAAGCUGCGAGAGAAUUAUUGUUAUGUAUGGGAAAAAAUGUUAUACAUUGUGGUGAUAUUGGAACAGGUCAAGCAGCUAAGAUUUGUAACAAUAUGGCCUUAGCAAUAUCUAUGAUUGGUACAGCAGAAUCAAUGAAUUUAGGAAUAAGGCUUGGAUUGGAAGCAAAGCUUUUAGCACAAAUAAUUAAUUCUAGUUCUGGUAGAUGUUGGUCUAGUGAAGUAUAUAACCCUGUCCCUGGAGUAAUAGAAACAGUUCCUUCUAGUAAUAAUUAUGAAGGAGGCUUUAGUACAUCACUUAUGACAAAGGAUUUGGGCUUAGCACAGUCAGCUUCGACUAGGACUAUAACACCAACACCAUUGGGUUCACUGGCUCAUCAGAUAUUUAGAUUAAUGAUCAAUAAUGGCUAUGGUUCAAAAGACUUUUCUUCAGUAUUUAAAUUUUUGCAGGAAGGAAACUAAAUGUGAAGUAAUUAUUUAAUAUUUGUUUUAAUAUGGAAAAAUUUUCUAAAUCUAAAUACAUUCUCAUUCACAGUAUGCUUUGUAGAUCUAUAAAUGAAUUCUGACGAUGAUAAACUUUUUGAUUUUUACUUAAUUGAUAUAAAUAAAUGUUUUGCACAGAAUAAUUGGUACAAGAAAAUAUUUUUAUAUAGCAUUAUAUUAGAUUUGUGAAUUAAAUAUGGUUAUAUUAACACAGAUUUGUAAAAACAAUGAUUUAUAUUAAUACCUAAUAUGUAGUUAUUCACUGAGAUAAGUCUUCCACAAGUAAUAAUUUCUGAUUGUUUAAUGACCAAUCAUUAUUUUAUUUAUAAUUUGUGAUUUGAUAUAUUUCAUUUUGAUUUUAUAAUUAUGAAUACAAAACUUUAUAUGAAUUACUAUAUUUAAUUAUAACAUACCAUUAUUCAUUUCUCAAUUUAUUUAAACUUUUAUAUUGUCUAUAAUUUUUAUUUCAAGAUAUUUGAUAAAAAAUUUGUAAUAUUUUCCAAUCCUAAUAUGUGUAAGUAAAAAGUUAUAAUUUGAAAUGCAUGCCUCAUGAUUAUUAUUGUUACCAUGUUUGAUUUUUAAGAUAAAUGUUUUGUUAAACAUUUUAUGAUUCAUAUAUAUGAACUUUUAGUUCAAUUUGUUGUUAGUAGAUAAAUGAAGAUACCACAAUUUGACAUAUUUGCAGCAAUCACAUUGUUAGGAAAUGCCUGAAUUUAUAAAUUAGCAUUUUCUAUAAUAAAAAAUUAAACAACAAAUAUAUAACUGAUAUUUAAUGGACAUUCCCCAUUAUGUUAUUUAUAACAG